CCGAGCGAAGAAAAACCCUAGGCACGUUCAUACAGCUCAAGAGCAUAACUAGCUGAGCAAUUGGAACUUCUGAAUUGACCGGAAUUUGGAAAAUGGCCGGAUUAAGAGUUGUUACCGAUAGAACCCCCGCCGGGCAACCGGCCCUCAACGCCGGUAACGGCGAGGAGCUCAUGCACGUUCUUUCCGGCGUCUCGCUUGUGCUCGGCAACCGCCUUCCUCUUUCCCCCGGCACUCUUUACAUCACCACCAGGAAAGUGGUGUGGUUGAGCGACACAGACAGAGAAAGAGGAUAUGCAGUCGAUUUCUUGAAUAUUUCACUCCAUGCCGUGUCUAGAGACCCGGAAUCUUACCCGUCUCCUUGUAUAUAUGCCCAGAUUGAUAUUGGGGAUGAGGAUGAUGAUGAUUCAGAGGGCUCUGAUACUGAGUGUAAUGAGACAUUAGACUUAUCACGGAUCACUGAGAUGAGGGUUGUUCCAUCAGAUCCUAAUCAAGUGGAUGCACUGUUUCAGAUGUUUUGUGAAUGUGCCGAGCUAAACCCUGAACCAAUUGAAGAGGAGGAAGAAGAGCAUAAUUGGAUUUUCAGUGCUGAGCAGUUAGAAAAUGAGGCAGCAGAGGAAGGGGAGGAAACUGAAUGGAUGGUUAUGCAGAAUGGCUCACAUCCAAUUGGUUGUUCUAAUGAGGAUCCUGACUUAGCUCAUACAAUUCUUCAGCUUCAAAUUAACGAUCAACGGUUUGAGGAUGCAGAAGAGAUGGAUAGCGAUAAUCACAACCGGCAACACUGAGCUGUUACAGACCCAAACAUUUGCAUUCUGUAGUACCUGUCCUGUUAUACGCUUCUGUUUUGGGUGGUCUUGAUGUGAUCUCUAUUUAGACGUGGGACUUUUGUGUAUAUUUGAGUUAGGAACCAUGUAGGUUUUCGCAGGUCAUGUUUGACAGAAUUGUCCUUAAAACUUUUAUCCUUGUUUGUUACACAUGCACGCAAGAAUCUUGUGCUAUGAUGGGAUCCUUAUUGAAUUGAAUUUCUGCACUCUAA